ACAAGUAUGUUUUUCGGCCCCCAGUCUGUGCCAGGCAUAGCUCAGGGGGCUUUCCAAUCAUCAGUGAACAAAACAAACCCGGUCCUCAUGGAGCUUACGCUUUAAUUAAAGACAACUAACAAGAUGAAUGUUAGAAGGUUCAGGAACUUUAAAGCGCACCAAAAUGCGCCCUCCUUCAAGAAAUCUCUCAUCUUCCUUCACGCCACGCUACCCCACGUCCCACUCUUGGGGUCCCCCAGCUCUGGCCUCGCCCUAACACCACGGCGUUGGGGGCAACUGCGCCAGCUCGAACAUCCCCAACCCAAAGAAAAAAACUCAAGCCCAGUAUGCUAAGAAUCAAUGAGCGCCCUGGGUCCGACGGCCCCGCCCUGCGCUGGCUUCACUCGUGGGACUGCGCAUGUGCCAAAGGUGGCCACCACAAGCACUGAGCGCUGUGCCGCCGAGUCGGCCUUAGCGCAGGCGCACUGGAGGCCGCUGGGAGCGCUUCCGCCUCCCCUCUGUCGCCAUGGCCGCGCCGGCCCCAGGCUUUAUCUCGGUCUUCUCGAGCCCGCAGGAGCUAGGUGCAUCGCUGGCGCAACUGGUAGCGCAGCGGGCCGCGUGCUGCCUGGCGGGAGCCCGCGCCCGCUUCGCGCUCGGCCUGUCGGGUGGCAGUCUCGUCUCGAUGCUGGCCCGUGAGCUGCCUGCCGCCGCUGCCCCCGCCGGGCCCGACAGUCUCAAGCGCUGGACACUGGGUUUCUGCGACGAGCGCCUGGUCCCCUUCGAGCAUGCCGAAAGCACGUACGGCCUCUACCGGACGCAUCUGCUUUCCAAGCUGCCCAUCCCCGACAGCCAGGUGAUCACCAUUAACCCCCAGCUGCCCGUGGAGGAGGCGGCGGAGGACUAUGCCAAGAAACUGAGACAGGCCUUCCAAGGGGACUCCAUCCCAGUUUUCGACCUUCUGAUCCUAGGGGUGGGCCCUGAUGGCCACACCUGCUCACUUUUCCCAGACCAUCCUCUCCUGCAGGAGCGGGAGAAGAUUGUAGCCCCUAUCAGUGACUCCCCCAAGCCACCGCCACAGCGAGUGACCCUCACACUUCCUGUGCUGAAUGCGGCCCGAACUGUCAUCUUUGUGGCAACCGGAGAAGGCAAGGCAGCUGUUCUGAAGCGCAUUUUGGAGGACAAGGAGGAGAACCCACUCCCCGCCGCCCUAGUCCAGCCCCACACUGGGAAACUCUGCUGGUUCCUGGACGAGGCAGCGGCCCGACUCCUGACCGUGCCCUUCGAGAAGCACUCCACUUUGUAGUCUGUCCCAAGGGAUGCCACAGCUGGGACCACGUGCAGCCUGAGGGGGCUGGGACCUUGCAAGGCUGGGCCCCUCCACCGCCACACGCCAGGCUUCGUUUUCAAAAAGCCAGGUGGUGUUGACAAGGUCCGGCCACCAGCUCUGCCUGGGGGCUCAGGCCAUUGGCCGUGGCUCUGAGCAACCCAGAUAUUAAAAGGACCAUUUGCUCCAA